AUGGCCAAGACAGGUUAUGUCGGACUGUCGGUCGACCAGUGGGAGCACUGGCUCUGGAACCCAGUUCCCGACGUCCAGGCCUAUUUCUCCCCAUCGGUCGCUGUCUAUAAGGCUAUCGCUGGUGUCGGUCGCAGGAUGCAAUACCAGCUUUCCGACACGGAUCCCAUUCCGGGGCCGAUGUACCAACGGUCGAAGCACAAGGAGCAGGCCCAUCGUGUUUCGGCUGAGGGCACAAUCAUGUGUGUUACUGAUAACGCCGGUCGGGAAGAUGAGGUCAAACUUCUGUUGACCCGGUUCGUGGUCGUGCUGGAAGUGCAGGUCGAUGAGUUCCAACUGGCUAUGGAACAAGGGUCGGUCAGACCAUGCACCAACGACGGCUUCGUCGUGAGGAACCUCGACUUGUCGGUCGAGAAGCACCUCAAAGUCACACGCAUGGACGCCCGCCUCGAGGUGGAGGCGUUGCCAAGUGACGUGCCGGUCGACAAGCCUGCUUUCGUGUUCUACAAGAUCUCCGAUGAUGUGACGGAGCUGUCGGUCGUGAAGAAGCUGCUGGCCAACAGCAUCAACAAGCCCCGAGGGCAAAAGCGGCCUUCCUCCACAGUCGGUGGCGGCACGGCGGUCGAUGUGCGGCUGAGCUACUAUGGAGUGGGCAUGCUUCCAGCUGGACUCCUUCACUAUGAUGAAAGCAUGUCGCCGGACUACUACUACGCGCCGACGCUUCCCCAGAUGGGCGUUGAGUCGGUCGCCGCGGAGUACAAGGUCAUGGUUCAGUUCAGCAACAAGGUGCCGGUCGGUGACUUCGUGAAGUUAAAGAACCUCGAGACGCUGAAAGAAUACAUGUACCAGAACGAUAAAGAGUUGGAGGAGCUGAACAGUCGGUCGUCAACUCUGCUCGCGAUACAGAAGAAGCUGGUCGCAGAAAUGGAUGAGAUGCUCGCCAAAGAGUCGGUCGUGGAUCUGGCGGGCAAGACAACGGUGUCGGUCGAGGAUCUGGCGGGCAAGACAAAGCAGCCACUCGUCAUGGAGUCGGUCGAGGAAGAUGUUGCAGGCAAGACAAAGCAGCCGCUCGUCAUGGACCAGGUUCCUGCUCCGAAUGACGGCAUCAUCGAGGCUGCCUGGACCUUGGGCGUCAGCUGCCUCCUCUGCUGGGCCCCGUCGUUGCUGUGUACUUGA